AUGUUGGUGCCGGUCAAAGUAGCCGGCACUAACGUGUUGUCACCCAACCAACCGGACCAACCUUCGCACACCGACCGACCGCACCCUGCGCACCCGCCCCACGCUCGUCCCCGCGCGCCUCAACCCGGCCUCGCCCCUCCCCCACGACGAACCGCCCAGCUCGCCCACUCCCCCAUCUCCCACGACAAACCGCCCAGCUCGCCCAGGCGCCGCACCUCCCCGUUCCCGGCGGCGCCGCACCACCCUGCCGUCGCCGCUCCCUCAACUCGACGCCCCAGCGCCGGUUCACGCCUCGGCGCCGCCCCCCGCCUGCUCGGGUUUCGUUCAUCGGCGGCGCCGCACCGCGAUCUCGGUUAUCCACGCCUCGGAGCCGCACCCUCGCACCGGCGACGCCGCUCUCAUCCUCUCGGAGCGCCCGGCGCCGCACCCUCCUCCCGACGGGGCGCUCCCUCCUUCUGGCGCCCCACCCUCCUCCCGACGGGGCUUCGUCCUCUCCCGAAGCAGUUUUCUUCCCCAGGUCGCGAUCUGUUUUGCUCCGCCAUUCCUCCCGUCGCCGAUCCGGGUACUGGCGCCGCCCGCGGCCGGUUGCUGGCCAACCCCUGCGUGUCCCCGCAUUCAACGCGACACCGCUCAGUGCUCCCGUCGUUGUUCCACGAGACCGAUCCGUCCUCCCGUCGCCGUCGAUCCUCCUCAGCCUGCCUUCGGAUCAGAAAGAUUUACUCUAGCUCCUGGGUGGCGGCGCUCAAUCUGAUGAAUCGCUGGGAACCCCCGCUGGCUCAAGGUUUUCUAUCCGUCCACUUACCUCUCCCAUUGGCGUGCACGGCGAGUGCGACGGCAACAGCCAGUGGCCACUGGUGGCUAAAGCUGCCUUGAUGCAUGUGUUAUGGAAGAUGAAACGUGAGGCAGCGGAGAGCUGGGGAUGCUAACGUUGAUUUGCUCUGCACCAUUCCUACAUCGUGGAGAUCAGCAACGAGGGCAGGAACAAGCUUUAUGUGUACUCAAAAGGGACUUCACUUUCCUGAAUUUCUGAAUGCUUCACUGAAUUUGAUUCAGAUUAUGUGUGGCACUGACCGUAAUGCCCCUCUUUUGGAUUCAGGUGAGGUGGUCACGCUCCUCUCACGUGUAUUCAGGAUUAUUACUAGGCCUUUCUCUGAUUUUGAAUUAGAAGUGCCAGUCAGCAAAUACACUAACGGGGUUCAUCUGCUCCUUGUUUUUUCUUGCCACUAAUCAUUAUAUGCAUUUAAGAAUUAUGUCAAAACCACAACAAAGAUUGGUGCUUUUCAGCAAGUGUUUGCAGUACGCAAUUAACUGAUAGAGUGUACAUACAAAAGGUUAGGGUGCAUUUCAGUCAGGGCAUGUAAAUCAGAGUACACUGACAGUGUGUUCUUCUAUUAUACUAACUGGAAUCCAGGUUUCUAUCUUUUUCAGCCCUUGUAAUUGGAUGCACUGGUGCUGCUGCAUCUUAAGAUGGAAGUACUCAUGCCUGAUGGAAGAUAAGAGCAAGCAUGCUGUCAAGCCAAGAACAGCACAUCAUCAUCUACAACCAUUUGAACGUCUGUAGUGUGAUCCUUCCUAAGAAUCCUAACCCUUCUUAUGGUCUGAUUGGAUUAAAAAAAAUCAUAUGUUCAUGCUGAUCCGAAGAAGUAUGAAUUGUUCUUCUGAUUCCAGAACAUACAAAUUGGUGAAAGCAUUGUGGAAGUAUUACUGCAACAAUUUUGCACGAUAACAUUAGUUGUAGUUACCACCAUUCUGUUUGAUACAUAUUGGUGUUUACUCUGCACCUUGCCUCUGAGCAGUGUCAAUGUUUAAUGUAUCCAAUAUCAGAGUUCAUCUCUUCAGAAAUCAAAAGUGUUACUGCUUUGGCUACAAGA